AUGGCUGAUCAAGUUUAUCAAAAUAUCGAUGCUACCUAAGAACCAAUUAUCAUGGAAAGUGUUUGUGUUAACUGCGAAGAAAAUGGUGAAACUACCAUGAUGUUAACUAAAAUUCCCAUGUUUAAGGAAGUUAUUUUAAUUUCAUUUUACUGCAAGAAUUGCGGAUUUAAGAAUACAGAAGUCACUUUCGGUGGUAAGAUCAACGAUUAUGCUACUAAAAUCAACCUAAAGGUAGUCAAUUUUAAUGAUUUCAAGCGUGACUGCGUCAAGAGUGAACACUGCACAAUCAAAAUUCCUGAACUCGAUUUUGAAAUUCCUUCUAGCAGAAAGGGAAGUGUAAACACUAUUGAAGGAUUCUUAAUGAACACUAUUGAAGAUCUUCAAAGUGACUAAGAAGAACGUAAGGAAAAGUAACCUGAAAUAUAUGAAAAAAUCGAAAAAUUCAUCCAAAAAAUACAAGAUCUUAUUGAUGGAAAAUGUUUCCCUUUCCAUUUCGUAUUCGAAGAUCCUUCUGGUAAUUCAUUUAUCAAGAAUCCUUAUGCUCCUAAUUAAGACCACAAUAUGCACAUUGAAAGGCUUCCUCGUACAGUAGAAUAGCUUGAAGCAAUGGGCUAUUCAGCUGAGAAUGCUAAGUAGUUUGUUGAAGAAAACAACAAAAAGUUAGAAUAGGAAAACUAAGAACAUACUGCUAAUCGUAUUGUUCAUCUUGAUGCUCACAGAGUCGAUUUCUCAAAGCCUUUAACUGAGGAUGUUAAGGGAGAAUCAUUAAUUUUUAAGGUUCCUUGCCAUUCUUGUGGACUUGAUGGUGAAUAAAAAAUGUGCACAACUUCAAUUCCUUACUUCAAAGAAUUGAUUGUUAUGUCUUUCCUUUGCUAAUUCUGUGGUACUAAAUCCACAGAAGUUAAGCCUGGUGGUGAAAUCAGCAAGUAAGGUAAAAUCAUCACUUUACAUAUAAAAUCAGUUGAUGAUCUUAAGAGAGAUCUCUUCAAGUCUGAAACAUGCAGCUUAAUUAUUCCUGAAAUCGAAUUAGAACUUGAAUAUGGAACUCUUGGUGGUGUUUAUACAACUGUUGAAGGUCUUUUAGAAAAGAUUGAAGAUAAUUUACUUGAAAACAAUCCUUUUGCAGGUGAUAGUGCUGAUCCUUCUUUCAAGAAGAAAUUAGAAGAAAUCUUCGCUUACUUAGAAAGAGCUCGUGACAUGAAAGAAAAAUGUACAAUUAUUUUGAAAGAUCUUUUAGACAACAGUUUCAUCUAAAAUCCCUUUUAUCCUGAGCAUGACCCUGAUGUCAAAGUUGAAUUAUUCGACAGAAACCAUGAGGAAAACGAUAUUUUAGGUUUAAAUGACAUGAAGGUUGAAAACUAUGGUGAAAAGCACUACGAAGAAACUGAAGCAUAACAAGAAGAAUAAAAAGCCAACUGCUAAUACUUGUGA